AUGUGUUUACCCGGUAUCUGCGACCCCUUCGACCUCGAAGACUGCUGCGGUGGCUCCGGCACGGCCGCGCCCCCGGCCAGACAGCGACCAGUCCAGCAGUUCCAGUCCCCCAUCAGCCAGCAGCGAGCCGCAGUGCCGGCCGCCGCCGCCGCCGCCGCCCGCGCACCAAGGCCCACGCAAGGCCCAGGCCAACAAAUGCAGUAUGCCGCGGAACCCCAGAGCGUCCGAUUCCUGUGGCAGGCCGGGGGCUAUCUGUGCGGGCCCAGGGGGGGCAGGGAUACAUUGCCCACCGUCAACGUGAGCAAGACGCCGCGCGGGGCGAUCGUCUUGGCCGGCGUCCCCAGGGGCUUACCCAGCAUUCAGCCCUAUGAGCAGGGCCAGUUGGUGAGCGGGUGUCUGAGGAACGUCACCAAGAGCUAUUCGUUCUUCAAUGCGAAGUACUACCGCACCAAGAAGGGUCUGGUGAUCUUGCAGGGCGCGCAGUUCCGGGCAUUGUAG